AGCACUCCGCCACCUCGCAUCGCCGAAAACAUCACCCGAUUUUUGUGUGCAACCGGCUGUGUCAUUGUGGACGAGGCGCUGUUUUGCUUUGAAAACAAGCCUUACACAUCAAAAUGAGCUCCAUUGGGACAGGAUACGACCUCUCUGCCUCGCAGUUCUCACCCGAUGGACGCGUAUUUCAAGUGGAAUACGCGCAGAAGGCCGUCGAAAACAGCGGCACUGCCGUAGCACUUCGAGGCAAAGACGGGAUCGUGUUUGCCGUCGAAAAACUCGUAACCUCUAAGCUCUACGAAGCAGGAGCGAACAAACGCAUCUUCACAGUCGACCAGCACGUCGGAGUCGCCGUCGCUGGACUCUUAGCCGAUGCCAAGCAAGUCGUCGAGACUGCUCGUGUUGAAGCUUCAAACUACAGGUCAGACUACGGAGCCCCGAUUCCGCUCAAGUACCUCAAAGAUCGUGUCGCUCAAUACAUGCACGCGUACACUCUGUACAGUGCAGUACGGCCUUUCGGCUGUAGCCUCCUGAUGGGGACGUACGACAGCGACGGCCCUCAACUAUAUUGCAUUGAUCCGUCGGGCACAUCGUGGGGUUACUUUGGAUGCGCAAUAGGAAAAGCAAAGCAGGCUGCCAAGACAGAAAUGGAGAAGCACGACAUGAAGGCCAUGACUUGCAAGGAGCUCAUCAAAGAGGCUGCUAAGAUCAUCUACAUCAUCCACGAUGAAGUGAAAGACAAGAACUUCGAGCUGGAGCUUAGUUGGGUUUGUGAGGCGUCAAAAGGCAAACAUGAGUUAGCGCCCAAAGACGUGUUUCAGGAAGCCUCCGAAUACGCGAAGAAGGCACUGGAGGAAGAAUCGGACUCUGACGAAGAAAUGUAAAACGUGGUGUGCCUUUUGCAAACAUGUGCAAGAAUAAAGCUCUCCUCAUUUGU